AUGGAUCUCCCAAUAGAUCCCCGAAUCGUCGCAUUUGCUGGUCCACCACCUUUGAAUAUUGAUCUAGAUGCCAAUACUGUUACCUCCGACAGGGCAGCAAUUAUCGUGGUUUUAAUUCUAGCUUUGGUAGCCAUUUUGCUUCGAUUCACUGCACGAGCAGUUCAACGCACAAGGGUACAUUUGGAUGACUGGAUCAUCGUUCUGGGCUUGAUACUCGUGGGUGGUUUCUACGGAGCGGGCAAACACAUAUGGGCCGUCGAGAUGGGUGACUUGCAACAGAUAUACAAGAUAUUGUUCGCGUACACGUUUCUUUACUCGGCAUCCUGUGCCGUCAUUAAAAUUUCCAUUCUCCUUUUCUAUCGCCGUAUCUUUCCCUCUACCGAACUAUUCUUCCGAGUCACGAUGAUCUUUGGUUACUUCCUUUCCUUCUCCUAUCCUGUGGUGAUCUGGGUGACGAUGGGAAACGCGUGCAGGCCUUUUGAACACUUCUGGACACAAUUUGCGGGGACGCAAGGAAGCUGCAUCGACAUCAACACGUUCUUCCUUGCUCUUGGGAUAGUCAACAUGGUCAACGACUUCUAUAUCUUGCUUAUACCAAUUCCUCAAAUCUUCCAGCUACAGAUGUCCUUGAGGAAAAGACUUGGAAUCACUGGUAUCAUGUUGCUCGGUGGCUUUGUUUGUGCAGCAAGUGCAGUACGAAUCCACUUCCUAACAGAACUCACAAAAACAACAAACGUCACACGCGCCAUGGGUCCCAUCUUCAUCUGGUCAGACCUCGAGCCCUGCAUCGCCAUUGUAUCAGCAUGUCUCCCGCACCUGGCACCUUUGCGCCACAUCCUCCGUCAAAAGCUGUCUUCAGUCUUUGGCGCUGAGGGAACUAGAAGCGGAACUGAGACAGUAACUGGUGGUAAAGUGUGGAAGGAUGGCGAAUCAAAUUCCAAUGUGCCCCUUUUUACAUAUGGCGGGUCAAAGUAUUUCGGUGGUGGUGAGAGGUUGAGGCUCGGGGAUCACGAUGACGAGGUUGAGUUGACGAAUCGUGUGACGGCAGGUCCUGGCAAGACAGAUAUACGAUGCGGUAGCUCCGACACGGCGUAA